AUGCUGACAUUACCAUUAGAGCUAGUACUUCAUAUAGUUGACAUUGGUGAUCUAGAUAUACAAGAUAUUUUCAGCCUUUUUCAAGUUAAUAAAUUAUUUAGGCAAAAAUUACAACAUCCAUUCUUUUGGCAUGUAUUUUAUAAUAAAAAUUUUCAGCCGUUCUUUGAUGAAUUAGAAAUUGAAAAAUCAACAGACAAUCAUUUUGAGCAAUGUAAAAUUUAUUACAAAUAUCAAUUAGAAUUAAAAUAUAGAUUGAAUAAUAUAGAUAAUAUUGAUUCAACUAAAGAUAAUCGCUUGGAACUACUACAGGAGCUUUUUAAUACUUCUAAAGAAAAAAUUGAGGGAUAUUGUACUAAUAAUGAUUAUUUACCAGUAUUACUCAAAUUAAUGGAUGAAGAAGAGAAAAAGUUUUUAAAAAGUAUUAAUAAAUCAAGAAAUGAUUAUAUCGUCAAUAAAAAAUCAGAGUAUAAUAUAUCUUUAAGAAAAGCUAGUAUUUUGCAAUAUUACAUAUCUAAUCAAAUGAAUGAAAUAGGUUUAAAACAUUUAAGACAUUUGGGAAGAACAUUCACACCACUAAUCUAUGAAAAAAUUCUAUUUUGUUCGAGUUUAUUGGAAAGUUCAAAUUAUAGAAGUGUACGGUGUCGAAAACGAUUCAUUGAUUCGAAGAAAAAAGCUUUAGUAACUAAAGUCAAACCUUUCUUAUUUUAUCAACUUCAUCUGCAGAAUUUACCAAUUGAAAAACUAUUUCUGCUUUAUUUACAUUUAAGUCUAAAGAUUGUAUUAAAUGACUUGUCAUCUAAAACUGUUGAUAAUAGUCAAAAUUUUGCUGAGCAUUUGGAUGUUAUGAAAUUAUACAAUGGUUGUGGGAAAGUUUACCAGAGUGUUGUUUAUGCUGUUGCUUUGAAAAUUAUAUAUGAAGUUUGGGAUUCUUUUCAUUAUGGAAUUCCUUCAACAGAAUUAACUCAUUCAACUUGUACAAAAUCUUGUUUAAUUGCUGAAGGAUUUGCAUAUGCUAUAAUAAAUCUGAAACUUUAUAGCGAUAAAGUAAUAGAAGAUCAAAAUAUUGGAGAUACAAGAUUAAAUGUUGGUUUAAUGAAAAUGUUUUUAUAUAUAUUCAAAGAUUAUCACAAAACUCCAAGCCUAAGAUUUAGGCAAGUACAAAAUGGUAUUAAAAAUAGAGAUAAAGUAGAUUUUUGUUAUUCAGAACCUAAUUUUAUAAAACAAAUUUGUUUAAAACCAACAAAAGUAAAUACCAUAGAUACUUAUCAACUUGAUAUUGAGAUAAAUGGAUCACCACUUUGUAAAAUAUUUGAAACAGAAAAACCUAAAACUUCACAAGAAAAUUUUGAAGAUCGUGGAUUAGUAGUUUCAACAAGAUCAAAUUAUGGAGUAAUAUUAAAUGAAAAAGAAGAAUUUUUACAUAUUUUCACUGUUUGUGGAUCAAUUGAAACUAUAUCAAAAGAAAAUAUUGAACCUUGGCAUUUUAAAAAAGAUGAUGAUAUUUAUUUAUUUUUAUCUUUAUUUAGAUUAAGUAAUUUGUUUAUUCAUUUUUUCCAGGCUAUUCAAAUUGAUUAUAUAAAUAAAACUAUUAAAUUUAUAUCAUAUUAA